AUGUUGUUGCGUCUUAUGCAAAAUCUACAGCUAGUGCAAGAUACACUAGCUGAUGGAAACACCUAUCGAAUGUAUUCGAAUAUUGUUACCGAAGGACUUAACUUCGCUGUCGUUGCACCAGACACGGAAGUCAAUAGCGAUCAAUCGAUGUUAGACAUAAAUCAAGUACGAAUACUUCCGUUGUCGCAUAAGUAUCAUCCAUCACGUGUUCAUGCUGGUUUAUUGAUUUAUUCUGUUGAUGGUCAGACGGAUUUUGUUCUCAACGACGUCAAUUUACGCAUUAAAACCGGCGAUAUCAUUAUUCAUCAAAUUCACAAUGCACUGUCAGGACAGGAAGAUGUUUAUCGAGAUCUAAUACGUACACUAUUUGGCACACAUCGAAUUAAUCUUGUUGGCCUUGUCUUUACGUUCAGCGGUGAAGGACAAUUGACUGAUUGUAUGCGUUGGCGGCCGAAUUCAUCGGAUCAUACAGCACUGAUGCAUCCGACUGAACAAAAAUUGCUGGAAAUUGUCCUUGUUUCACUUUAUAUGAACCAUAAUUGGUUGACGAUGCCCAUCGGCACGCAUGUCGAUGUCGAAGAGUUAUCUCGAAACACAAAAAAGCAAUAUUUGUAUAAAUUGGGUGAAAUCGAGCAAUUGUUCAAUAAACGUCGGCAAGAACGCGAUCGUAUGCGUCGCUUUGGCCUGCCGAAUUUCUUAAAACAUCAUUCAGCCGAUGAUUUUCAUUCAUUCGAAUGGACACCCUCACGCGAACAAUUAUUCGACCAGACUAUUCAACGAUUACUUGAUGAGUUCUAUAAUACGAUUCUUCAAACAUUUCGUGACGGUGAAUUCGAUCGCGAUGAAUACGCGUACUUCGAUGACAAUACGAAGCAACUCUUUUCGAAUUUGAUCAAUCCGUAUGCACCACUAUCGAUUCAACCGUAUUCCAAUCUUCCUCGAAACACGUAUUAUUAA